AUGCUGUCAGGAAGGCAAAAUAAACCAAUACAUGUGAAGUUUCCUAACCCAUGUGGCCUGUAUCCCAGGAUGGUUGUGCAGAACUUUGAAGUUGAUUUGAACAAGGCCCUUGUUUUCCAGGUGGGACAUCUUGAGGAAGCUUAUGAAGAGUGGGUUCACCAGCCCAUUGUUGGCAAGGAAGGCCCUCGUUUCUUUGAAAAUGAAAUUCUGGAGUUCUUGACGCGCACAGUCUGGUGGGCAAUACCAGUCAUUUGGCUGCCAGUUGUAUGCUACUUUGUGUAUAGCUCUGUACUAAUGGGCCUCAGUUGUCCCCAUUUAGCUCUAAUGGUGGUUCUUGGCAUUUUUAUUUGGACAUUGCUUGAAUACUCAUUGCACCGUUUUCUUUUCCACAUUAAAACAAAGACCUACUGGGGAAAUACCUUGCAUUAUCUACUCCAUGGCUGUCACCAUAAGCACCCCAUGGAUGGCUUGAGACUCGUUUUCCCCCCUGCUGCAACAGCUAUAUUAUUGAUGCCGUUCUGGAACAUAGUGAAGCUCAUGGCGACCCCUUCAACUGCUCCUGCUUUGUUCGGUGGCGGUUUAUUGGGUUAUGUAAUGUAUGAUUGCACCCAUUAUUACUUGCACCAUGGUCAGCCAAAGACUGAAGUACCCCGAAAUCUCAAGAAAUACCACUUGAAUCAUCACUUUCGGAUCCAGGAUAAAGGCUUUGGGAUCACUUCAUCACUAUGGGAUAAAGUUUUUGGUACACUUCCCCCGUCAAAAAUGGAUGCCAAAAGUAUGUAA